CCGCGGACUGAGCAGCGGAGUGCCACGCUCUCUGCCACGGCCAGCACGGGUGAAUCAGCCCUGAGCUUGUUCCCAGGGAGCUGCCCAUCUAGGAACUGGCCAAUUCUGACUGGUUAUCACCUGGGUGAUUUUCCAGUCUGGCUGCUCCUCCCAGAUGCUCUUACUAUUCAGGUGCUCCACCUGCAGAUGAUCUCCAGCCCUAGCUGUCCCUCCAAAAGGACUCUGUGCCCUGGAGCCGCCUGGCGAAGGCCGAGGCUUGCGGCUGUCGUCCUGCCCCUCCAUGAGUGAGGCAAACCAAACCAUGGUGGGGCCCUCGGAGCUCCCUGCAGCAUCAGCCAUGUCCCCUGGACCUGGCACUGGGGCCCGGGCAUGGCCUAUUCUGGUAGGGGUAGUGCUGGGGGCUGUGGUCCUCUCUCUCCUCAUCGCCCUGGCUGCCAAGUGCCACCUCUGCCACAAAUACCGCACCAGCUACCGGCACCGCCCGCUGCCCGGGACAGGGACCAGGGUCUGCCCCGAGGGGGGUGAAGAGGAGGAGGAUGACGGCUUUAUUGAGGACAACUACAUUCAGCCUGGGGCUGGCGGGCUGGGCACGGAGGGUGGCAGGGAGCACUUCUCCCUCUGAGUCCCGAUCUCUGGACACUCUGCCGGCCCCAUGCCCGACAGCUUGAGUUAGCACACACUACAUGGGAGCCAGGGGCCGCAGGGACAGAGGUGGCCGGGGCUCAAGGGCCGACCAGGGCUGGAGCACCCCUCCUUUCUCUGGCACUAGCCACUGAAGUGACAACGACCUUCUCUUGCUCAGUGACCCUUGGUGGCUCCCUGCUGUUCUCAGGAUAAAGCCUAUCAAGGGGCUGACUAUGGGAAUAAGACCUCUGCCAGCCUCUUGUCCUCUCCUGCUUUUCCCUCCUUUUGCUCCCUGCUCACCUGACUGUUUGUUAUCCCCCCUCUCCUGUCCUGCUGUUUCUCUCAUACCUUGGCCCACACUCUCCCCCAGCCGAGGCCACCCUUCCAUUUCCCCAGGGCCUCUAGGACAAUGAGGAAGAUCUAUGGCCCAUAGGCCCCAUGUGGUCUGCCUACCUGCCAGCAUUUCACAUGUGGUCAGAUGGUAACAUUUUAGCAGGUGAAAAACGAUGUGCCGACUUUCCUACUGAAAUGUCUCCUGUCAAUAAAGUGGGUAAUCCAAAUGGUUCUAUUACGUUUUUCACAAGUAUCAAUAAAAGUACAAAGAAGUUGUUCAUUUU